AUGGCGGCUCGUCAAGCCGCUCCCGCCCGCCGCGGCGCCAACCCCACGCACUUUCUUUGCAUUCCCCUCCUGCGGCGCCAGCUCGCACGUAGCGUGGCCGCAUUUCGCGCCGACGUCACGGACAUUCACAGCGCCGCGCCGCUGCCGCCCGACGCGGUGCGGCCACCGGGUACCCUGCACAUUACGCUCGGCGUCAUGAGCCUGCCGCAGCCGGAGCGGCUCGCGCGGGCCGUGGCCCUGCUGAAGGAGCUCCGUCUGCGGGACGUACUGGCCGAGACGCGCGCGACGCUACGGCAGCGAGCGCGGGGAAUGUCAGACGGGACGGCGCAGGAUGGGAGCGUGUGGCUGACGCUGAGAGGACUGCGCGCGAUGCAGGAUCCGACAAGCACGGGCGUGCUGUACGCGCCGCCGACGGACGCGGAUGGACAGGGCGCAGGGCUGCUGUAUGCGUUUUGCCAGGCGGUGCGGGCAAGGUUUAUCGAAGAAGGGCUGAUGGAGGCGGAGAGGAGGCCAUUUUUGCUGCACGCGACGGUGGUGAAUACGGCGCAUGUGAAGAAGAGUGCAAGGGGAGGAGGGCGCAGGAGGGAGAGGCUGCUGCUGGAUGCGAGGGCGCUGAUGGACGAGUAUGCAGAGCACGUCUGGCUGGAUAGGCACGAGGUGCGGUCGCUGGCAAUUUGUAGAAUGGGCGCGAAACCAAAGGGUGACACAGGGGACGAGGCAUACGAGGUGGUGGAGGAGGUGACUGUCUAG